AUGGAAGAACAAUUACAUCGUUUACAUGAGAUGCUAUCGUGCUCAAUCCCGGAUCGAUUACAAGCAAAUUUGAAUUCAGAGACAAAAAUGAGCGUUUUCGAACAUGAUUUUCACAUUCGAGUCCGGACCGACAACGACUAUAUGGUCUUGGUAAACUUGGCUUUACUCUCUCAGCAUGAAGAGAUACAAAGCAUUAUUCUCGUCAUGCAACCGCCAGUAGCGACGAAACAUACCGCGGAAACGGCGACGGGCUUCGUUAGCUUCUCUCGUCUCAAAUUCUACGAACAUUCUUCCCCAGAGCUUGUCGUCGAGAUUCCUCAGCUUUCAAAGAAUUCGGCUAACGAUCGGGAUGUAGGAGCAUUAGAGGAAGGUAAACUUCCAAAAAAACUCUUGAGGAUAUCACCGCGUCUGAAUGUACAGCUUGGAGGAUACCCACCGGAUUGCGGUACCAAGGAACUCAAGUAUCUAUCACAUGCCAAAGUACUGCGUGAUCGUGGAAUGACACACCCGAUGCGUUACUCCACUACCCGAGUCGAUACGCGGGGUUUUGCCGUACCAGAGCCAUACCCGCUGUUUUCGACAAACUUUGGGGCGCAUUCUUUCCGGAACUUACCGACAGACUCCGUUGUAUUGAGCCAAUAUGGACUUGGAAUUGCACUUUACUUCAAAUAUCUGAAGGUCAUUACAUGGCUCUUCUUUUUUCUCAGUGUCCUCAGUGCUCCUGUCCUCACAGUCUACAUCUUGGGUGGUGGUACUUCAAUUGCGGAACUAAGUGCUCUCGCACGCCAAAAUCUUCCGGCAGUCCUAAGUCUUACCAGUAUUGGUCAUCUAAAUGAAGCAAGCAGUGUUUGUGACCAGGCUUUGGAGAAUACUGAACUGUCGCUUCAAUGCCCAACCGGUGAGAUCGGAUUUUUGAAGGCGGUUUAUUCAACUUACGAUUCUCAAGGAAGCUGCUCAUGUCCGGUGCGCAAUAAGGUCGCAGAAGAUUCGGGUACGUGUCGCGGGCAUGCUACAGACUCUACUUGUCUCGCAGGAAGAGUGGGAUGUUUUUUAGGUAUUCACCCUGUAUCACGUCUCCCGUGCUGUUCAUUUUCACGGGAUGAAAUAACUAAGACGCCACAAUUUAACGAUAUGCGAAUUCAUAAGGUUGGCGGCUGUGGCUCCAAUAUGGCUCAACACAUCGUGGAAGGGCUCUGUUUGGGUACGAAGAGCUGCACGUUUAAUGUUAGUGAAGCCAUUUAUUACGAAUGGAGCCUUAGUGCAAAAUAUGGAACAAAUUGCACGAACCCGAUCAGAGCUGUCACUAACGACAACUCUGCGAACGCUACCAAAGAAGUUUGUGUCGCUCAACUGAAUGACGAUAGUGACUAUACAAAGUGUGAGACCGAUAAGCUUCGUGCGAUGAUUGUGUAUGGACGGUGCUUUGCCACGCGAAUUGAUUUAUCAGGCGCAUGGAACCUAGAGAUCAUUGGCUGGGACUCUAUAACUCGGCAAAAUUUCCUAGGGUUCGCUAUAGCAUGCGAUAUUGCGUGUAGUCUCGCGUUCUUUGGGGUGGUGAUUUGGCUUCGACGAAAAGAAAAGGAAGCAGUCGACCGUAUUGCCCAAAAUCAAGUCAAGGCUCUCGACUACACAGUGCAGCUAAAAAAUUUACCUCAACAUGACGAUCUCAAUGUUUUGCGUCAAGAGAUUUGCAUCCACCUGGAGUCAAUUCUAAGUAAUGCUCCGACUUUUGCCGUGAAACUUGACCGUAUACGCGUUGCAGACGUGCAAUUCGGUAAAAGUGCCUCACGUCAUUUACAAUUACUCCGUCGUCGUGGUGUGAUUGUGCGUCAGCUUGAAAUUGCUCAGCAGCGUCAUGAGAGGUUAAAACUUUUGUUUGGACGUCUUGAUGAGUACGUGUUUGCUAGACGUGAGCGUCGGCACUUGCGCGCUAUAGGCUUAUUAGAGGCAAAGCUACAUCGCUUUAACGUUAAACUCGCACAGUGGCACAGCUAUCAUGAACGUUACAAUAUUUCGCAGGCUGUCACUGCUUUCAUAACUUUUGAAGAAGAAGAAGGCUUUAACCGUUGUCUUCAAGAAUAUCCAGAUCUCGGAUGGAUUCACCGACUUUUCCAGCCACACUACAAGCGGCUCCAUGGCAAAAGCCUACAAUUCUUCCGAGCCCCGGAUCCAACCGACAUAAUCUGGGAAAAUUUACACUAUCCAUAUCUUGAGCGAAUGUUACGGCAACUGGUCGUGGCAAUGGUCACGUUGUCUGUAUUAUUUCUGAGUUUCGUCCUCAUUUUUCUGGCAAAAGAGCAAAAAAGCAAGCUGGAAAGGCAAUUCGGACGACCAACUACUUGUCCGACUAAAGUCUUGAAAACUGACGUCAUUCAGGAUGAGAUGAAUAGAGCUUCUGGAUCGGUACCAUACAAAGCUCUUCUUGAAUGCUAUUGCAAAAAUUUAGUAAAUAACCAUUCCUUUCAAAGCACUAUGUAUGAAACAUUUUACAAUCCUUUGACGGGGAGAAGUGAUAUGUUGUGCAGGACGUGGGCAACAACAUUUGCAAGAACACAGAUUUUAUCGAUUGCAUCGGUGCUGUUGGUUGUAGCGGUGAACUUGGUGUUGGCUCGAAUUCUUGAUGGGCUUGUAACGGUAGAGAAACACCAUACGGAAUCAAGUCUAGUCGUGUCCCGUGUUAGAAAAGUUUUCUUAGCUCAAUUUUGUAACACGGCGCUGCUGAUGCUUGUCAUCAAUGCCAAUGCCGAUUACUUUUUGAAGCCAUCAGCAAAUCCACAGACGGGCUCUACUGCUGAAGACUUUUCAUUUGGAAUGUUGAAGUUUCUUGACGGCGAGUAUUCAGACUUUUCAGCAAGUUGGUACAAUGACGUUGGUGCAGCACUUAUGCUCACUAUGAUUAUCAACUCGUUCAGUUCGCACUUCUAUGUCUUGGCAGACUCAAUUUUUUUAAAGGCUCGUCGCUUCAUCGAUCGUGGAUAUUCUUUCGACCAUUCGUUGACAAAGCAAGACAUUCAACGUGAUCUAGAAACACUUUAUCGCGGACCAAAGUUUGAUCUUGCUUCUCGUUAUGCUCAAUCGCUAACAACUAUUUUCAUCACGUACAUGUUCUCAGCAGGGAUGCCCCUGCUCCAUGUUAUUGGAUUUGGUGCCACAUUGAUCACGUAUUGGGCCGAUAAGUUCACCUUUCUUCGCAUUGCUCGCUCACCGCCCUUAUAUGAUAGCAGAUUAGCCACUACAGCGGGUUCGCUGCUUCCGUAUGCAGUACUACUCCAUUGCCUUAUUGCCGUGUGGAUGUUUUCCAACGAUAACAUUUUUGAAUCGGAAAGUGAAAUAGCAGUCGCAGAAAGUACCUUCAGUAGUCCAUUCAGUGCUGGCGACAACAUUCCUCUCUUCGAUUCAUCCCGCGGGCACUUAAUUUCGCGAGUCACGCGUCCUCCAGUUGUGAUUCUCUUUGCAUUUUUUGUAAUUGGAAGCACUAUUGUAGUCGUGCGCUCCAUUUUUUUUGAGUAUGGGCCAGCUUUGAUUCGUAGCGUUUUUCCAGGAAUUGCUUCUUUACUGGAAAAGCCUCGAGUAGCGAAGGGGCUUCCUAAUUACUUUGAUGCAAUCCCGACAUCGUUAAUACUGGAGAAACUAGCUGCUACAAGCGACACACAACAACCUUUGCGACCAGAUUUACGAGUCAAGUACGAAAAUGCUCUACAGCAUCGCCUCUCAGAAGAAUCACGGCUUUCAAAACGCUCUGUGACUGACGCCAAACACUUUAAUGAAGCCAAACGGAUCGUCGGCUGUCAUUCUUAUGCUAUCAGUGACAACAAGGAAUACGUCGCCAAGCUUGCAAUUGACUCGCAAUUUUCCGAAGAAAUAUCCCUAGAUCAGAUUUUUUAA